AUGACAGCAAAAGUGAUGAAGUUAAUAGAGGUAUAUUAUAGAAGCUACAUAUGUUCUGGCACUAAUACAAUUACAAAGAAAGCAUUGAUAGCUUGGGAAAAAAAGAGUCUGCCUAAAUCAGUAGGAGGCUAUAAUUUGAUAAAUCUUAAAGUCUGGAAUAAGGCAGCAGUCACCAAAAUUCACUGGGACCUGGCUCAAAAGGAAGACAAAGCUUGGACAAGAUGGAUCCAUGUAUACUACAUCAAAGGGCAAAGUAUUCCUGAAAUGAAUAUCCCACAACAAGCAAUUUGGAUGAUGAGGAAGAUUAUGGAGGCUAGGAAAACCAUGCAGCAAGUUCUAGAUUUAAAGCAAAGGCAGAGUGUUAUUAAACAUAUUUAUCUAGGCUUACUGGGAAAUCACAACAAAGUGGAGUGGAGACCUUUGAUAUUCUAUAAUGAGGCUAGACCUAAAGCAGUGUCUACAAUGUGGAUCCAGUGCCAUGAAAGAAUGCUAACAGCUGAUAGAUUAACCAAAUGGGGAAUCCAAGUAAGCCCACGAUGCAGUUUAUGUCUGAAUGCAGAUGAAUCACAUCUUCAUCUGUUUGGUGAGUGCAGCUUCUCUAGAUUAGUGUGGUUGAGAUUACUGAGAUGGCUACAAAUAUGGGAUGCCCCAAUGAAUCCUUGGUCACAGGUGGUUAUAUGGUUGAUUCUCCAAUCCAAAGGAAAGUUGUGCAAAUCAAAAAUAUUAAAGAUGAUGUAUGCAGAAUACAUUUAUGGAAUUUGGAAAGAGAGGAACAGUAGAAUAUUUGAAGAUCAAACAAGGAAUGAAGAGCAAAUUGUUAGAGAAGUGUCAUGCAUAUGCAACAUUAGAACAUAG